CUUUUCGUGACGCGGCUUACGCUCGCUCAAGAUGGCUGCCGAAGGCGAAAACGUGACGGCUGAUGGAACAAACCAGGCCACACAAUCCACAACAGAAACUUCCAAAGAAGAAUCGUACACUUUAGAAGCCUUGCAUCUCCUCAAGGAUGCCCAACAGCAGCAUGGUCUGCGUCAUGGAGAUUUCCAGAGAUACAGAGGGUAUUGCUCUCGCAGAAUCAGAAGGAUCAGGAAGUCACUUCACUUUCCUCAAGGAAAUAGGAAUCGUGUUGCACCCAAAAAAGUGACACCAGAAAUUCUUUCAGAUUCAAGAUAUUUACAAUUGCCACUGUUUUGUGCUGAGAGAUGCUGGGCAUAUGCUAUGCAGCUCAAGUCGGAGGCCAACACAGAGCCCCGAAAGCGCUUCCAUAUGGUUUCCAAGCUGAAGAAGGCUGUUGUCUACUCAGAGGAGCUUGCCAGCCUCUGUGAUAGUGAGAAAUGUGAUGCAAGAACCAAGCUUGAGUGCCAGGCAUACAAUGCAUGGAUCAAAGGAAGCUUGCAGUUUGAGACAGAAAACUGGGAGAGUGCAAUGGAGUUGUACACCAAAGCCAAGACUAUUUAUGAGAAACUAGCAAAUGCCUUCUCAGAGGAAUUGCAAGCUUUGUACCAGCAGAGAGUCGAUGAGAUUUCCCCCAACUUGCGCUACUGUGCAUACAACAUUGGUGAUGAGUCGGCUUUGCAGGAUCUACAAAAGAUGAGGAUUGCUGCUGGUGAAGACCAGCUGACACUGAAGCUAGAUGACCUUUUGUCACAAACGAGAGAGAAGCAAGCGGCCACGUUGUCGGAGGUAACUUGGCGAGGCCGGACGGUGCCAGUGAAGGUGGAAGCAGUGCGACUGUUUCUGCUCAACAUGCAGGACCUCAACACGGAACUGGAGGCUGCAGAGAGCAUGGACAGCCGGGUGUCCAUUUACGAGAGCCUGCUCAAACAGUGCAUUGACGCUCAGCAGGCUCUCCGGGAUGUUUUGCAAGAGGACCAGGUAUUCAAAGCAGCAGUACGCGGCCAGCCCAUCGAAGGGAAAAUCUCAAAUGCACAUUACCUGCACUCGUAUUUGAUGUACCUGCGGCUGAGCACCACUGUGGAACGCAACUUGCUGCUGGUGGAGAACCUCAAGCAGAACCUUCCAGAGAACAACCCAGAGGAAGGCCGCAAGCUGACCAAACCCCAGGACCUGGUGCGCCUUUACGACAUCAUUAUACAGAACUUGACAGAGAUCCCCAACCUUCAUGGUAUACAGGACGAUCCCACCAUAGAGUCAGAAACAGAGGCUUCUGUUUUAAGAUACAAAGCUUUUAGGUCCUUCUAUAUAGCUCGUUCAUACUCUAGUGCUAAGAAAUGGAAAGAAACAGUAGCAUUAUAUCAAAGAGCCUUGGAUAAUUGUAAGAAAGCUUUAGCUGGUUACAAGAAACAGUCACAGUCGCCCAAAAUUAAGGAAGAGGUGCAAACUAUCCAGGAGCUCCAGGAGCAGAUAGGUGGCCAGAUGCACUCGUGUCAAGCCUUCAGUAUUUUGGACUCUGGUGCCUCAGGGGACCAGUCUCUCUUCACGCCUGUCACAGACAAAAGGUUGCUGGAGGACAGACUAGAUGAGUUUGUCACCGACAAGUCCCUGUCCUCGAAGAAGGCCACCCUGACACACUUCCCUCCGAACUUUGAGCCCAUCCCGUGCAGACCACUUUUCUUUGACCUGGCUCUCAACCACAUCGAGUUCCCAUCUCUUGAGGACAAACUGGAGGCGCAGAAGAAAGCUGCGGGUGGAGGGGGCGGGGGUCUCACUGGAAUGGUCAAAGGCUGGCUCUGGGGGGGUGGCAAAAAGUGAACACGUUCUUGGUCUUAGCUUUGGAAGACUGUACAAAUUUAUGGUGGCUUCGGAUUCAUGUAGUGAUUAUAAUUUGUCACUUGUCCUUCUUUGUCUUAUUAUUUAACACCCCCACUGUGUCUUAGUGUAAUAUUCAUGUGAUUAUUUCCUCAAAGUUCCCCAUAUUAUCUUCUCUCUCUCUCUUUCCUAUGUCCCUCUACAGUCUCGUUCAUAAAUAGUUUGGUGAAUGCUCUGUGUAACGUCCUCUAUUUCUCUAUAUGCGUGUUGAAUUUGCCCAUAUAUAUGUGCUUUUUUGUGGCCUGCUGAUUUAAUUCUGUCAAUCAAUAAAGGCUCAAAGAGAAGAGUUGGGCUGUUGGCUUUCUUGUCCUGCCUUUCUAAUUUGAAAAUCUUUUCUUCUUCCUUCCAUGUUUUCUUUUCACAGUGCGAGUCUGCACUUCCUCCCUUUUUAUGUAAAUUGUUCAUAUUUAUUCCCUCAACUGUAGAUCAACGCAUUACUCUUUAUUUUUACUUCUGUGUUGUGUUCAUCUUGGAACUGAAGACAAGUUUGAUAUAAAUCAAUAUAAGUGAGAAUGAUUUGUCAGAUGAAACUGUAUUUGAAGUGAAGAUUUGAUUUUGAAGGCUGGGUGGGAUGGCAGCACAAAUCUGCUUGCUAGUUUUGAUCAAGCACUUGUGUUAUUGACUGGCCCCUUUUCAACAUCAAAUACUUAUUUGAAGGGGGACUGUUUUGGGAAGGGCUGGAAGCUGAUAAGUCUCAAGUGGAAAAUUGCAGAGACAACCUAUUAUUUUUUGGGCCUUGAAUAAUUGUCUAGGAAAGGAAUGGUGAUGGGUUUUGAUUGUGUUCUUCCUGCAUGGCUGCUCAUAUGCUCUUUCAGAGGUUGCCCAAUUUUUAACUUUGGUAAAAUGUGUUGAGAUGGGUGUAUUGUACUUUCUACUGUUGAUUUUCACUUUUCAGUUUUUCUCAAGCAUUUGUUCAAAUGUAAGGAAAUAAGUUGAUGGCUGAAAUGAUAUUUGUUGUGAUAUACUUUGUUUCUUUUUUCUUCUUCUCCCCUUCUAAGAAUCUUGUACCUGGUAUGUCUUGAACACUUGUUUAGUACAAAAGGGCAUUUGUUUUAUAGCCAUACUAUAAGUAAUUGUGUACAUAGUAAAUGAAUGUGACCAACAGCAUACUUCAGUCUGAUGAAUAAACAUAGAUUUUGACAGACAUGUAUAUCUGCUAGAGCAUUCCCUGAAAACAGCUGUUGAUGAAACUAUGCCUGUGUUUUAUGUAAUCAGGGUGUCCGAACCUUAAAGAUAAGGCGUUGUUGAUACAUCCACUGUGAAGCAGACCUUUUGAAUUUGUCAGUCAGUUAUAUGUUUUACGAAUGAAUCUUUGAAAUUAUGCUGGAGUCUGUGUAAUGCUGAUAUCAAGCCAUCAGUUUGAGGAAGAAUUUUUUUUGUGAAACUUGAAAAAUUUUGAUUUGUCUUUCUGUUAGCUUCGUCUUUGUUCCACAUCAUUAUUACUUGAAUUAAUCGGAAGCUGUGUUACAAAAAUACAAUUUUGAAGGAUUUUGUGUAAAUGUAUCAAGUCUUAGCUUUCAUUUUUAUUCACUGGCUUUGUGAACGGGAAGGGGCUGCUUUGAGGCCUGGUGAACUUGAAAUUGCUGUACGAUGAUCUGGAGGAUCAUUUGUGUCUUUAUAUUUGUAUGUUAUGUUGUUGGUCCUUGGAAUGAGAGUGGUAGUAUUGUGAUGAUCAUGAAGUUUGAUAGUUGCAGAGUCCCUGACAGGGUUACCCAUUCACAUUAUAGUAGCGUCUUGUAUAGUUUUUUUGUUGCUUCAGGUUUCUUUUUUGGUUGUGGGUGGAUGGGGAUGUUGUUGUUUGUGACAUUUGGUGGAUUAUUAAUGUUAUACACUCUUUGGCUAUUUCUGUAAAAAGUGAAGCUCUGUAUAGGCACGCUGAGUAUUCCUUGCUGUAUUUGAUUUGUUAGGCCUUCAUGGUCAUUUGUGAAAGCAAAAAGGUUGAAUUGAAAAUGGAGGAUGAGUACGGGAUUAUUGAAUGAGUAUGAAGGGGGAUGAAAAUAUUUCUUACAUGUGUCCGCUUUUUGUGGGUGAUUUAGAAAAUCCUUGCACUUCAGUAUACAUGUUUAGGAAGAAAUGCUUUCUAAAUCCACAUGUUUGUGACUGUUUCUAUCGUCAUUGAAAAUUGAGUCAUUCAUUUCACUGGCUGCUUUGAAAUAAAUAUUUGUUGGGUUGAAUGGUGUCUUUAACCCAAGGUUUUGGUGAUAAUGCAAUUAAUUUCAUACUUUAAAUUCAUCGUUUAUGUGAUAUAAAGAUUGAAUGAUUGUUGUAUUCUGUACGGUAUUGUGAGCUUUGAUGCUGCUGUUUGGCCUGUCAUUUUCAGUGGUGUUUGUAAGGUGUUAAAGUAGCAACUGAAUUUGUGUUUGUUUAACUCAUUAUGAUCAUGUUGUUAUUUGUUUUGUCCAGGGUAUUAAAAAAAUACAAAAAACAAAAUGCAAGCUUACAUGUUUGAGAAUGUAUGUUUUGUGCUCAACUUCAGUGAAGAGAGAGGGAGUCAUUGUGCUUUCUAUUGUAUCAGAAACCUUGAAUACAAGUUGACUUAAAAUUUCACCUAUUUAGGCAUGAUUCAGCAGUGUCCCAACACCUGUUUGCAAAGGGAAUGAAUGUCACAUUGCAAACUUGAUGUAUAUGAGAUAAUAGAGAGUGAGUGUCGUUCUACAUCACUUUGCUGACAUGUUGAUAUACGUCAUCUUAUAAAGCAGCUGUUUGAAUGUUCCGUUUCAUUGUCUUUGAGUGCACUUGGAGAGGCAGAUUGAAAUUAACUGUUUAUCUGUGCAGAGAUGAAAAACAUUUUUUGUGUGUCCUAGUCUGUGAGAGUAGCUUUUGUUGAAGUUAAAUAAUUUGGAUGAGAGUUGUACAACUACAAUUCUUCAAUUUUCAGUUUGCAUUAAGUGAGAAAGGGGCGAUUAGUUUUUAUCAUGUAUGACAUGGAGUUUGAAAGAGAAUUUCUUUUGACGGUGUCUGUACAAAUAAAUUAGCUCUGUAUUUACAGUUAUCUAUUUUAUCUUCCAUUUACUUGGGAUCUUGGAAUCGUUUAAUCUUAAAAAGAUUUGUUUUUAUUUGUUUAUACUUGGAUACAUGGUAACUUUCAGAGUUUAUUGACGUUACUAUGCUGGACGUCAUUUUGUCUUCUUUAGCAUUUUUCGACAGUAUUCAUUGCGAUUUUAAAAAAGAUUUUGGGAAAGAUAGAAGAUACAGGUAUUGUCUGUAAUGGUGUUGCUUUUCAGUCUGCCUAUGAUAAUGACUGUUUAGAAAGUAUCGAUGUUGUGCCGCGCAAAGUGAUUACCAAAACCUUCUAUAACUUGUGAGAUAGACUGUGAUGUCUACUUAAAUAUUUUUAAAGUAAUCUUUCUAAUACGUAAUUCUAAAUCAUAGUGGAUAGUCCGGAAGAAAGUGUGUUUAACAAGUUCCAGUAAUCAUAUUUUCUUUUGUUUUUAAAUUUUAGAAUCCUAUUUGGGUGCUUGGCUCAGAGAGAAGAAAGAUGUAUGUUGUUUAGAAUCAGUGGCUGCACCAUUUUUUUUAGUUGUUUAUUUAUUGAAUGUUCAUUGUGUCUCGAUGCAAUGUUACUGCCUAAAUCAAAUGUUACUUUGAAAAAAUAAAUUUGUUUUCUUCUCUGGAAA